ACUAAAACAAUGGCGACCACCUUUGGUGUAUAUGUUGGUAACUCUUCUGCCUGUGUUGCGUGUUAUAAAGAUGGAAAAGCAGACAUUAUUGCAGAUGCAAAUGGAGACAGAUCUAUGUCAACUGCCGUUAUAUUCACAGAAGGAGAACAAGUUGUAGGAAAUGCCGCCAAACAAUCGAGAAAUUUCAAGAAUAAAGUUUUACACGCAAAAAAAGCAUUUGGUCUAUCAGAAGCAGACCUAUCUAAAGUGGAUGAUGAAUUCGGAGCGAAAUUGACAUAUUUUAAUGAACCAACCUUCAAAGUUUUCCUCAAUGACAAAGAAAAAAGAUUCACUCCUGCUCAGGUUUUAUCAGUUGUAUUUAAAAAAUUAAGAGAAACUGCCCAAAGUUAUUCAGGACUUGACAGUGCGCCAGAAGCUGUUAUUUGUACCCCGUAUAAUUUUUCAAAACACGAAAGAGAUCUUAUGAGUGAUGCAGCCAAGAACGGAGGAUUUAAAGUUUUAAGGUUAAUCAAUGAGCCAAGUGCGGCCCUAUUAGCAUAUGAUUUAGGUCAAGACAACUCACAUGAAUCGCAGUCAUGUCUUGUUAUAAGACACGGAGGACAGACUACUACUUUCACUUUAAUACGGAUUCGGGGUGGAGUCUAUUCAAUAAUUGAUGAACUUGAUGAAAAUUUUGGAUCCGAUCUCGUAACACAAUUAUUGGCAGAUCAUAUGCAAAGGGAUUUUGAAAAGCGUUUUAGAGCUAAUAUUGGUGACUCAAUAAAACCUAGAGCAAAGUUAAGAAAUGAGGCGGAACAAGUCAAGCAUACGUUAUCAACACUACAAAGUGCCACAUGUUCUGUUGAUUCACUGUGGGAUGGUAUGGACUUUCAAUCUUCACUAACCAGAAGUCGCCUUGAAGGGCUUUGCUCUGACUAUGUAGGAAAAUUUGUGACUCUAUUAAAAGACUUCUUACAAAAGAAUAAAAUUAAUAAUAUUGAUUCAGUUGUGCUCAGUGGAGGUGGUUGUCGAAUGCCUCUUCUCCGUAAUAAACUGCAGAGUAUGUUUGAAAAUAGUCAGAUACUCUCUUCUAUAAAUGUUGAAGAGGCCACGGCUCUUGGAGCAGCGAAGCAAAGUGCUAUUGUCAUAUGUAGCAAGAAACCAGAAUUAAAAGAAGAAGAUACAAUUGUUACCUGUACAAAUUAUAAUUUAUACGUUAAAGAUAAAACUGGAGAAAAGAUAAGAAUUGUUGAACAACUUACGCCUCUACCAAUAAGAAGGCAAUUUCAGUGUAAUAUCGAUGAUGCAAGUUCAGCUGUCUUUUCUUUCGUAAGCGAAGAGGACGGUAUCGAGAAAGAUUUAGGAGAUAUGGUUAUAAAAGACAUGGAGGAUACCUGCAGCAAACUGACGAUGGUUGUACAUGUUGAAAUGGAUUCGACCAUAAAUAUUCACUUAUCUUCUGCUGAUGGAAGUUUUGCUGAAAAUUUUAGCUUCGAUCCACGAGAUAAUUAA